CGACGGAAAAUCCAAAAUUAUGAGUUUUUUAAGUCAUUUUGGAGUACAUGGCAUUCAGCUAAUUUCACAUUUUGACUGAGUCACACAUUUCUCCGUUCAGUUUUGUUUAGGAUUCAGUUUUGUUUACGAUUACGCUUAAUCCUUGGGUAACUAUACAUUUCCAUAUACACACGGCAAGGCUUUGAUUUUUCUAACAAUACAAUAAAGGGGAAGGCCUGGAAAGGGUAUCGGAAGCUCAUUUUAUCAUUCCUGUUGUAGGGAGCGUCUAGAGAUUUACUGACAAUCCUCCACUAUCGUGAUUAAAAAGUGAUAAUGUCGGUCUUUCCCGUAUUCUUCUGGAUCUUUGCGAUCGCAACUUCGUCCUUUCCCAGCAUUUACGCCAUGAGUCUGAAAGAGGUCAUGGUGAGCAGGAGCAAGAGAUGUCUUUUUGGAUGCAUUAUCCCAAGUAACCAACCCGGCCAGUACAUCAUGAAUCCAAAUACCUUCCAAGAAUCUCAGAUGGAAAAUCGGCAGUUAGUUGUUCCGAGCGCUUUGCCGGCUCCUCAAGCUCUUGAGCAACCCUACCUCGACAGCCGACAGCUGUCCGUGCCGAGCACUCUAUCCGCUUCUGUCAGCCUUAUCCCAACUUGGCAGGUCAAUGCGGUGGCUUUGCCACAAAACGGUACUACGGCGUACAAUCCCUACCCACCGGCACUGCCCACCGACUAUUACGGAUCGGAUACCAAUCUUCUAACCGUCCUACAGACCCUCUUCGUGCAAACGGUCGCUCUGAGCACGGUACCAGACACUGUCAAACUGCAGCUGCAGAACGCCAUGGUCUUCGUUAUCAUCAGUCCGGGAUGCACCGUGGAUGUCCGGUCGGUGGUCAGCAGUGCCCUGACGGCGAUGUCGGCCGUAACAGGACUGCCGGACUACGCCAGACGGCAGAUCGCGACGGCCAAUAACUUACUGCUCACUUUGGACUGUUCAUCCACGCAGACCACCGAUCUCGCUUAUGUUGCGGCCCCUGCUGGGCAGUAUCCUCGUACAUAAUCGGAGCCAUACAACGGCGUUACGCAUGCAGAUGGGGAUUCUGCUUCCCAUCGAGAAAUAUGGUUAUGGAUUGCAGUAUUAAUCAUGGACUACACACCGCGCACAAAGCUGCACGGCAACUUUGUACAUAAUUCACACAUUACAGAAUUUUAUUAUACGUAUUACAAAUAUUUGUGUACACAAUUUUAAUAUGCGAUCUGGUGUCCGACUGCGGCUGCGUAUUAGUGAGUGGUGCUUCACAUUAGUGGUACAGUAAUUUUUUUUUUCUGGCUAGUUUUUAUUAUUUUUCCUCAUCAAAGCAUUAACAGUAACUUAGAAGGCAAUCACUCUUAUUAAGCAUCAAU